CGCUGCCUCAGCCUCAAGUGCACCGUGAUUCUGGAACAAGGCCUGCAACGCGACCUUGGCAAUUGAGCUUGGCGAUCGAUCCCGCGACCUAAGCAAUCGCCAAGAUGAAAUCCUGUACCUUAGCGCCCGUCUUGGCUGUCCUCGGGCUGGCGACAGCGAACCCCACCCCGACCAAGCCAGAGCCGCCCAGCAAACGGGCAUCGCUACCUACCGUCACAGUAUCUGGAAAUGCGUUCUGGCAGGACAAGACCCGGUUCUACAUCCGGGGUAUCGACUACCAGCCGGGAGGAUCUUCGAACAUGGCCGAUCCCCUAGCCGACACCACUGUCUGCAAGCGAGACAUCGCCGAGUUCAAGAAGCUGGGAGUCAACACCGUCCGCGUGUACAUCACAGACAACUCUGCCAAUCAUGACGAAUGCAUGUCGGCACUGGCCGAUGCUGGUAUUUACGCGAUCAUCGACGCGAACAACCCGCUGUACUCGAUCAACCGCGCCGACCCGGGCCCGUCGUACAACACGAAGUAUCUGCAGAGCGUCUUCGCGACCAUCGAUGCGUUCAUCAAGUACGACAAUACGCUUGCCUUUUUCUCGGGCAAUGAAGUCGUCAACGACAACGUGACUAGCACUCUCGCUGCGAAGUAUGUCAAGGCUGUCACCCGUGACAUGAGGCAGUACAUCAAGAGUCGCGGUUACCGCUCCGUGCCGGUUGGGUAUUCGGCGGCCGAUGUCGCCCAGAAUCGCAUGCAGCUCGCCCACUACAUGAACUGUGGCUCCGACGAUGAGAGGAGUGAUUUCUUUGCCUUUAAUGACUACUCGUGGUGCAAUACCAACUUCCAGGAGUCCGGCUGGGACCAGAAGGUGAAGAACUUCACCGGCUACGGUAUUGCCAUCUUCUUGUCCGAGUACGGCUGCACCACCAAUGGCCGCGACUUCGGCGAGGUUAACGCCCUGAUGAGCGACGAGAUGACCAGUGUCUACUCGGGCGGCCUGAUGUACGAGUACGCGAUGGAGGACAACGGCUUCGGCAUCGUCUCCAUUGCCAACCCCAAAGCCACGAGUGUCAAGGAGCUGGACGGCUUCUCCAAGUUCGCCAAGGCGCUCUCGGAGAACCCGGCUCCCACGGGUGAUGGCGGCUUCACGUCGACGACCAAAGCGGUGGCAUGCCCGACCAAGGACGCGAACUGGCUUGUCGACACCUCGCUGCUGCCGGCCAUUCCUGACAAUGCCAAGAAGUUCAUGUCCGAGGGAGCCGGUGCCGGUCCGGGCCUGAAAGGUGAUGGAUCGCAGCUGGCUGCUGACUCGGGCACCAGCACUGGCACCGCGGAACCCGGCUCUGCGGCCAUGUCUGGUGGGGCCUCGGCGUCCAGCACCAGGAACGCUGGCGCUAGGGCCGGCGGUGUGAACGGUGGUUUUGAUAAAUCCCCCUUCAUUGUCAGUGGGCUACUUCUGGUGUUGACUCUUACUGGGACUCUGCUUCUGUGAAGUGCGGACGGGGGGUGCACGCACA